AUUUUGGGAUUUUGGUCUCAGGGAUUGGUACAAUCAUUUUAACUUUUGACAUUUGACUUGUAUAUUUAAUUUUAAUAAUCAUCCUCUUACUUGUUUUAACUGUUAAGUGUUAAUUGAGUCCUUAAAAUCCGUGUAAGAGAAAUGUCCACGUUAGAAGAUAAAUCAAUUUGGGAGGAUGGCGAAGAAUCUUUGGGUGAAGAAGUAUUAAGGAUGUCUACAGAUGAAAUAGUAAGUCGUACUCGUUUAUUAGACAAUGAAAUUAAGAUAAUGAAGAGUGAAGUCAUGAGAAUAAAUCAUGAAUUACAAGCACAAAAUGAGAAGAUAAAGGAAAACACAGAAAAGAUUAAAGUAAACAAAACUUUGCCUUACCUAGUUUCGAAUGUAAUAGAACUCCUGGAUGUUGAUCCCCAAGAAGAAGAGGAAGAUGGUGCUGUGGUCGAUUUAGAUUCGCAGAGAAAAGGAAAAUGUGCUGUAGUAAAAACCUCUACCCGUCAAACUUAUUUUUUACCAGUCAUUGGACUUGUAGAUGAAGAAAAACUGAAACCAGGUGAUUUGGUUGGUGUUAAUAAAGACUCUUAUCUUAUAUUGGAGACUCUUCCGGCUGAAUACGACGCUAGAGUUAAAGCUAUGGAAGUAGAUGAAAGACCUACUGAGCAAUAUUCGGACAUCGGGGGUCUUGAUAAACAAAUUCAGGAGCUUAUUGAGGCUGUGGUUCUUCCAAUGACACAUAAAGAUAAAUUUGUAAAUCUCGGCAUACACCCUCCAAAAGGAGUAUUAUUAUAUGGCCCCCCUGGAACUGGAAAAACUUUAUUAGCUAGAGCAUGUGCUGCACAAACAAAAUCCACAUUUUUGAAGUUGGCAGGCCCUCAGUUAGUACAAAUGUUUAUUGGUGAUGGUGCCAAACUUGUAAGAGAUGCAUUUGCUCUGGCAAAGGAAAAAGCGCCAGCAAUCAUAUUUAUUGAUGAAUUAGAUGCUAUUGGUACAAAACGAUUCGAUUCUGAAAAGGCGGGAGAUCGUGAGGUGCAACGUACUAUGUUAGAGUUGCUCAAUCAGUUAGAUGGAUUUAGUUCAACAGCAGACAUAAAGGUAAUAGCAGCGACCAAUCGAGUUGAUAUUUUAGAUCCUGCCUUGCUCCGUUCUGGUCGGUUAGAUCGUAAAAUAGAGUUCCCACAUCCAAAUGAAGAAGCCAGAGCAAGAAUAAUGCAAAUUCACUCUAGAAAAAUGACCGUUAAUCCUGAUGUUAAUUUUGAGGAAUUAGCAAGGUCUACAGAUGACUUCAAUGGUGCUCAAUGCAAAGCAGUUUGUGUUGAAGCUGGUAUGAUUGCUUUAAGGCGCAAUGCUACCGCAGUAACUCAUGAGGACUACAUGGAUGCUAUUAUGGAAGUACAGGCUAAAAAGAAAGCUAAUCUUAAUUAUUAUGCUUAAUUUAAAUAAACAUUUAUAUUUAAAAUUAAAUAAGUUCUAUUUGCA